ACAACAACAACAACAACAACAACAACAACAACAACAACAAUCAAGCUUCCAAUAGCUGACCUCCCUGUGGCUGCUCCCUCCAAUCAUGCGGGACUCCUCCCCGGACCCCGUGGACAACUCUACGGGCAAUGACAACCACACGCCCGGGCGCAGCAAAUGGACUGCCAAGGCCCUCGUCCGGCAGGCCGAGAAAUCCCACCGUCGACUGCCAGGCAUCCGCAAGAUCCCCCUGCCAGCGAUCGGGAUUAUCCUGUUUAUUGCUUUCCUGAAUGUGGUUGUGUGGAUUGCCGCGGCGAUUGUGCUGCGAUACCAUCCAUCCCUCGUCUCCAACGCCGUGCUUUCCUACACCCUCGGCCUGAGACAUGCCUUCGAUGCGGACCAUAUCUCGGCCAUCGACCUGAUGACCCGGCGCUUACUCGCGACCGGCCAGAAACCCGUCACCGUGGGGACGUUCUUCUCGCUGGGUCAUUCCACAAUCGUAAUCAUAACCUCCAUAGUCGUAGCCGCCACCGCGGCAGCGAUCUCCUCGCGCUUCGACAGCUUCAGCACCAUCGGCGGCAUAAUCGGCACAUCUGUCAGCGCCGCCUUCCUGAUUUUACUAGGCCUCAUGAACGCCUACAUUCUGUACAAGCUGUACCGGCAGAUGCAAAAGGUGCUGAAUCUGCCGGAAGACCGGGCGGACGAGAUCUGGAAGAUCGAGGGGGGCGGGAUGUUGUUCAAUGUGCUGAAGCGGAUGUUCAAGUUGAUUGAUCGUCCAUGGAAAAUGUACCCCCUGGGUAUCCUAUUCGGAUUGGGAUUCGACACCUCCUCCGAGAUUGCCCUGCUAGGGAUUUCGUCCGUCGAGGCGGCGAAGGGGACGAACUUCUGGGUGAUUCUGAUCUUUCCGGCGCUUUUUACUGCGGGAAUGUGCCUCCUCGACACGACGGACGGCGCGCUGAUGCUCUCGCUGUACGUGCAGCCGUCGGCCAACUUCCUGCCGCCGAAGAGCGAUGCCGCUUCGGAUGCGCCUCUCAUUUCUGGGCCGGAGGAGCAGCAGGAUCACGCAGAGCAGCAGCAGAAGAACCACCGCGACCCCGUCGCGUUCCUGUACUACUCGAUCGUGCUGACCUGCCUCACGGUGAUCGUGGCCAUCGUCAUCGGCGUCAUCCAGGUUCUGACCCUUGUGCUGAACGUGGCGAAUCCCACGGGCAAGUUCUGGGACGGCGUGCAGGUGGCGGGGGAUUAUUAUGAUGCUAUUGGCGGGGGGAUCUGUGGGUGCUUUUUGGUGAUCGGGGGGUUGAGCGUUGUGGUUUAUAAGCCGUGGCGGCGGUGGGUGGCUAGGCGGUCGGGGAGGGGGUUUGCGGUGGAUGUUGAGGGGUCGCAGGGGGAGGGGGGGUAUCGGGAUGAGGUUGCGGAUGGGGAGGGGGCCUUGGAGACAGACUCUCCCUCAGGGAACGACGACCCAGAUCCAUCUACGCCUGACUUCUCGGCCUGUCCACCAAUUUACGUGCUCCAGACGCACCUCACCAUCGAGUCCCUCCACGACAUCGAAGAGGAACUUGUCCGCCGCAACGCACGGCUGACCUACGACAUCGACGAGGCCGCUCUCAUCCUCGGCAAGCUCAGCCAGCCCAAGCGCGCAGCACUGGAACUGCGCACGCUGGGCGUGUGGACUGAGCCAGCCCAGAAGUCCGAAGAGCCUCCGCCGGCCAAACGCCGCCGAGGCAAUGCCUAUGCAUCCGCCCCGGGGGAAGCCGAGGCCAUCGACCUCAGCACGGAGACAGAGGACGAGGAAGACGGGAUGAGCAGCCAUGCUACCUCCAAGCAUCUCCACGUACCUGCCAAACCAACCCCAGACACACCGACCCUGACAGUUGUCAAGCUGGACUGGCUCCACGCCUGCCUGCGCACAAACACCAUCCUCCCAACCGAGGAGUACACAGUCUAUCACGCGCGACGCAUCGAGCGUCCAGCCCAACCCAGCCCAUCCCCAAAGAAGCAAACGCAAACAUCAAUCCUCGCCCGUGCCAAAGCAGACGCCUCAAUGCAACCCCUAGCAUUCCAACGAACCCGCGCCUACCAACCCCGCCACCACCAGCAACAGCAUCAGCAUCACCCCCGAACCCAGCCCCCAGCCAACUCCCACCCCCCCAAACUGCACCGGACCACCACCUCCGAAGCCGAAGACCUAGGCAAUCUCCCACCACCCCCAUCCUGGAUGACCGCGCCCGACAACACCUACGCCUGCCUCCGCUCCACACCGCUCCACCCACCCAACGAAGCCUUCAUCAACGAACUCCUCACCAUCCGCCACAUCCGCGAACUCACCCUGGACGAAAUCGGCGUCCGCGCCUACAGCACCGCCAUCGCCAGCAUCGCCGCAUACCCUUACCCGCUCCGCCGACCAGCAGAAGUAGCAGCACUACCCGGGUGCGACGCCAAGAUCGCGAAUCUGUUCUACGAGUUCCAGCAGCUGAGCCCUAGCUCCAACUCAAGCGGGGAGAGAGGGAGACUCAGCGCAACGCACCCCCUAACGCACGACCCCACCCUCGCCACCCUACACACCUUCUACAACAUCUGGGGCGUGGGGGCCAAAACCGCGCGGGACUUCUACUUCCAGCGGGGGUGGCGGUCUCUGGAUGAUAUCAUCGAGUACGGGUGGGACAGCCUGACGCGCGUGCAGCAGAUCGGGGUGAAAUUCUACGAUGAAUUCCAGGAGGGGAUUCCGCGGGAGGAGGUAGAGGGCAUUGCGGGGGUGGUGAGGCGGCAUGCUAACUCCGUUAUUGAUUCCCGGCGGCAACAACAGCAACGCGACCACCCCCACCCUACCGCUCCCGCUCAACACUAUGAUAACAAGGAGGAUGAAGAUGAAGGGGUAGAGUGCAUAAUCACGGGCUCGCACCGCCGCGGCAAGCCGUUCUCCGGGGACGUCGACCUGAUCCUCACGCACCGCGACGAAGCCCUCACCAAGAACCUGAUCGGGGAUGUGCUGCGCAGUCUGGAGGGGGAGGGGUGGAUCACGCAUACGCUAGCCCUGCACCAGGGGCAUUCUGCGCGCGAGCAGGCGACGAUCCCCUACCGUGCGGAUAAUGUGGUUAGUCGGAAGAUGUUUGAUAGUCUUGAUAAGGGGCUGGUUGUUUGGCAGUUGCCUCUGGGGUAUUCUUAUAAGGGCAAGGGGGAUGCAAAUCCCGCUGAGGGGGGAGGUGGGCGACCGCACCGCCGCGUGGACAUCAUCAUCUCGCCGUGGCGGACGGUGGGGUGUGCGGUGCUGGGGUGGUCGGGGGACAAGACGUUCGAGCGGGACUUGCGGCGGUUUGUGAAGAAGGAGCGCGGGUGGAAAUUUGAUUCGAGUGGGGUGCGCGAGCGGGCAGGCGGGGGGUUGGUGGUGGAUUUGGAGGGUGGAGGGGAGACGUGGGAGGAGAGGGAACGGUUGGUCAUGGAGGGGUUGGGUAUUGGGUUUCGGCCUGCUGGGGAGAGGUGUACUCGGUGAUUUUCUUAUCACUUCGUGAUUUUGUAUAUUGGGGAGUUUAAGCGAAGAGGAGUCUUGGUCUUGAGUUUACUGAGAAGUUGAAGAGAAGGGGGG